AUGGCCGGCUCGGAGCAGCCGCCGCCGCGGCGGGAGGACGGGGAAGCGCCGCUGCCCAUCGAGGACGCGGAGCUGGCGCUGGCCGGCAUCAACAUGCUGCUGAACAAUGGCUUCCGGGAGUCCGACCAGCUCUUCAAGAAAUACAGAAACCAUAGCCCAUUAAUGAGUUUUGGAGCCAGUUUUGUCAGUUUUUUGAAUGCUAUGAUGACAUUUGAAGAAGAGAAAAUGCAGCUGGCAUGUGAUGACUUAAAGGCUACAGAGAAGCUUUGUGAAAGUGAAGAAGCCGGAGUUAUAGAAACAAUCAAAAAUAAAAUUAAAAAGAAUGUUGAUGGACGAAAAUCCACUCUAUCCAUGAUAGAUCGUCUACAAAGACAAAUAAUUGUAGCAGACUGUCAAGUCUACUUGGCUGUGCUCUCAUUUGUAAAACAAGAGUUAUCAGCAUACAUAAAAGGUGGGUGGAUACUCCGAAAAGCCUGGAAAAUUUACAAUAAGUGCUAUAUAGACAUUAAUACACUUCAGGAAAUAUAUCAGAAGAAAACCACUCAGGAAUCCUUGACUUCUGAUGCUGCAAAUGAUAAUCAUAUUGCUGCAGAAGGUGUAACGGAGGAUUCGCUAAACAGACUGAAAGGUGCUGUUAGCUUUGGAUAUGGACUUUUUCAUCUUUGCAUAUCCAUGGUGCCCCCAAACCUGCUCAAAAUCAUCAACCUGCUGGGUUUUCCUGGAGACCGCCUACAGGGGCUUUCUUCACUGAUGUAUGCAAGUGAAAGUAAGGACAUGAAGGCCCCUUUAGCUACAUUAGCUCUGUUGUGGUACCACACAGUUGUUCGUCCCUUUUUUGCCCUUGAUGGCAGCGAUAACAAGGCAGGAUUGAGAGAGGCAAAAGAAAUUCUUGCAAAAAAAGAAUCUGCUUAUCCAAAUUCUUCUCUGUUUAUGUUCUUCAAGGGAAGAAUACAGCGAUUAGAGUGUCAAAUUAAUAGUGCCUUGACCUCAUUUCAUACUGCUUUGGAACUUGCAACAGACCAAAGGGAGAUUCAGCAUGUCUGCUUAUAUGAAAUAGGUUGGUGCAGCAUGAUAGAGAUGAAUUUCAAAGAUGCGUUUGAAUCCUUUGAAAGGCUUAAAAAUGAAUCCAGGUGGUCCCAGUGCUACUAUGCUUAUUUAACAGCAGUGUGUCAGGGAGCCACUGGUGAUGUCAAUGGUGCUCAGAACGUGUUCAAGGAAGUUCAGAAGCUUUUCAAAAGAAAAAACAAUCAGAUUGAACAAUUUUCAGUGAAAAAGGCAGAUAGAUUUAGAAAACAAAUGCCGACCAAAGAGCUCUGUGUCCUGGCAUCCAUUGAAGUAUUGUACUUAUGGAAAGCCCUUCCAAACUGUUCCCUCUCGAACUUACAGCAUAUGAGCCAAGCUUGUCAGGAUGUUGAUGAUUCAUCGGCUGGUGGUUUGAGAAAUUUGCUUCUUGGUGCCAUACACAAAUGCUUAGGAAAUUCUGAAGAUGCUGUUCAGUUCUUUCAGCGAGCUGCUAAAGAUGAACUGUGCCGUCAAAACAACUUAUACGUCCAGCCAUAUGCUUGCUAUGAACUUGGCUGUCUUCUGUUAGACAAUCCAGAGACUGUGCCAAGAGGCAAAACCUUACUUCUCCAAGCCAAGGAGGAAUUUACUGGCUAUGACUUUGAGAAUAGAUUGCACGUCCGCAUACACGCAGCCUUAGCCUCUCUAAGGGAAGUAGUUCCACAGUGAUGGA